UGGGGAGGGUUCAGUGGCACGAGUAGCUUUGUACGUUACUCACCUGGAUACAAAACCUGACUCCCUCUUCCCUCCUUCCCUUCCCCUUCCCCCACCUCAACAGCCACCACCACGACCCCCACCACCAAACCACAGAAAAAGAGAGAGGGAGCUGUGACUGCGUGUGGGAGACAAGCAGAGAGAAUCCAGUUCCCACCUACCUCUCCACUCUCCUCUUAGGUUUUCUCUUCCUCUUAUACUCUUCCCCCUUUCGUUUUCAUCGCCUCCUUCCCGAUCAAAACAAAACCCAAUUCUGUAUCCACCCAAUUUAUUUCCUUCUUCGCUGUUGUUCCUCGUACGCAUCUAUUAAAAUGGAUUCUUCGGUUACCCAUUUGCCCAAAAUCGAAUCUUUGCCUCUCAAGCACUGCGAAUCCGCUUGAAACCGUAGCCAAAAAUGCUUUUGUCUGCCACUAAAUCUUAGAAGAAAGCGUUUUGCUUUAGGUUUUGAACAAUGGGUAGGAAGCAAAUUCAAGUUUCCCAUGAUAAGAUUGAUGGGUUUCUCUCUGUUUGCAAUUUGGGAAAUUUGGGAUUUCAAUGGAGUCCCCAAGAGGGGGGUUACCAUCCCGGAGGCUUAUUUGCAAGCGUUAGCCAAGUGGGGGUGGGGUUUGGGGUCUCGCCGGACCCUCCCAAUCCACGCAGUGAUGGCGAGGCCGUGAAGCUUCCGUAUGCCGAGCAGUACAUGAAGUAUGUGGAGGGGAUUAAGAAUUUUGGGGUUGGGGAAGAGAAAGGGGUGGUGAAGAAUAAGAAGGGUGGUCUCAAAUUGAAGAUUAAGAUUGCAAACCCUUCACUGAGGAGACUAAUAAGUGGUGCAGUAGCCGGGGCAGUUUCGCGCACGGCUGUGGCGCCCUUGGAGACGAUAAGGACGCAUUUGAUGGUUGGGAGUAGUGGGCAUUCUACUACCGAGGUGUUCAAUAAUAUAAUGAAGACUGAUGGGUGGAAGGGGUUGUUUAGAGGAAAUCUAGUCAAUGUGAUUCGGGUUGCACCGAGCAAGGCGAUAGAGCUGUUUGCUUAUGAUACGGUUAACAAGCAACUGCAACCAAAACCUGGAGAGCAGCCCAAACUUCCAAUUCCUGCCUCGUUAAUUGCAGGUGCUUGUGCUGGAGUGAGCUCGACAAUUUGCACAUACCCUCUUGAGUUACUUAAGACGCGGCUAACCAUUCAGAGAGGCGUUUAUGAUGGCCUUUUGGAUGCAUUCUUAAAAAUAGUGCGAGAAGAGGGACCGGGAGAGCUUUACAGAGGUCUUGCCCCUAGUCUUAUUGGAGUAAUUCCAUAUGCUGCCACCAAUUACUUUGCUUAUGAUACAUUACGGAAAGCCUAUCGCAAGUUUCUCAAACAGGAGAAGAUUGGAAACAUUGAAACCCUUUUAAUUGGAUCAGCAGCCGGUGCUAUUUCAAGUACUGCAACUUUCCCACUUGAAGUGGCACGCAAACAGAUGCAGGUGGGAGCCCUCGGUGGGAGGCAGUAUACGAAUGUGCUUCAUGCCCUCGCCAGUAUACUUGAGCAUGAGGGGGUUCAGGGUUUAUACAAAGGGCUAGGGCCGAGCUGCAUGAAGUUGGUGCCUGCAGCAGGGAUUUCGUUCAUGUGCUACGAAGCAUGCAAGAGGAUACUGGUAGAAGGAAAAGAGGAAGAAUAGAAUACUUUCAUGAGAUAUAAAUGACUUUACAUGUUGGUUGCAGCAGACAGGAAAGAUAUGGGAGAACUUAUCUGCUACACGGGUUUAGUUGCCCAUUUUCUUUUUGAUUGCUGCAUUUUUUUUUUUUUUUGGUUCCUUUACAUUUUGUAACUCAAUUGAGGGAGCCUUGUUUUUCCUGAGGUUAGACUUGAUGUUUUUGAGGAUUAAUUUAAAUGGCAUUUGGCUUAGUGUUUUGUCUUGA